AUGGUCUCCUUGUUCUCUGGCCGCGUCCUGAUCCGCAACAACAGCGACCAGGACGAGCUGGACACGGAGGCCGAGGUCACCCGCAGGUUGCAGAACCGCCUGGUCCUGUUGUUCUUCGGGGCUGGCGAUUGCCCGCGGUGCCGGGCCUUCGUGCCGGUCCUGAAGGACUUCUUCGUGCGGCUCACCGACGAGUUCUACGUGCUGCGGGCCGCCCAGGUGGUCCUGGUGUACGUGUCGCAGGACGCCACGGAGGAGCAGCAGGACCUGUUUCUCAAGGACAUGCCGGACAAGUGGCUGUUCCUGCCCUUUGAGGAUGAUCUAAGGAGGGACCUCGGCCGCCAGUUCUCCGUGGAGCGCCUGCCCGCGGUCGUGGUGCUCAAGCCAUGCGGGGACGUGGUGACGCGCGACGGGGCGGACCAGAUCCGCCGCCUGGGCACCGCCUGCUUCGCCAACUGGCAGGAGGCGGCCGACGUGCUGGACCGCAGCUUCCUGCAGCCCGAGGACCUGGAAGACCCGGAGCCGCGGAGCCUCACCGAGCCUCUGCGCCGGCGCAAGUACCGCAAGGACAAGGCGGCGCGGGGCGGGCGCGUCCCCGGGGAGGAGGGCCUAUUCUGAGCGGGAGUGCGUGAUCGAAUCCCAGGGGAGGAGAAUGA